AUGGCAGAUAACGGCAAGUUGGAUAAUCAAAGAAUUAAGAAUUUCAAGAAAAAAGGACGGGACCUUGAGACUGUGAGACGACAACAAAAUGAGAUUGUUGUUGAGCUAAGAAAAAUCAAGAGAGAUGAACACUACUUAAAGCGAAGGAAUGUUCUAGUAGGCAAUGAAGAAUCUGAUCCGGAUGGUGAUGCCAAAGUUCAAAAUGUAUCAUUAGAAGAAAUAAUUAAAAAUGCAACCAGUGAAAACCAGGAAAUUCAGCUCAGUGGAGUGCAAGCUGCUAGAGAGUUGAUCUCCAGUGAAUAUGCUCCUCCAAUAGGUGAUUUAAUCACCUCUGGUAUUUUUCCGAUUCUUAUGCACUGUCUGGAACAGGACCAAAAUCAUCCAUUGCAGCUGGAAGCAGUAUGGGCUUUGGCAAAUAUUGCUUAUGGUUCAUCAGAGCACACAGAGGCUGUGAUUAAAUCAAAUGCUGUCCCACUCUUGUUAAACCUGAUAAGCUCUCCACAUCAGGAUGUAUGUGAGCAAGCACUUUUGGCUUUAGGCAAUAUCAUAGCUGAUGGGCCCAAAUACAGAGAUUAUGUCAUUAAUUUAGGAGUGAUAAAACCCAUAAUAUCUUUUGUCAAUUGUUCAAUACCCCUUACUCUCCUUCACACGAUCACAUGGGUCAUUGUCAAUCUCUGCCGUCAGAAAGAUCCUCCGCUAUCAAAGGAAGCUGUUCAAGAGAUUCUUCCAGCUCUGUGUGUCCUUAUUCACCACACUGAUGUUCAUACUUUAAUAGAUACUAUCUUGGCUUUGUCCUACAUAACAGAUGCUGAAGAUGACCAGAUUCAGAUAGUUAUAGAUUCAGGAAUAGUUCCUCAUUUAGUGCCUCUUUUUGGCCGUCAAGAAGUUAAUAUUCAGACGGUAUCGUUGCGAGCUGUUGGAAAUAUAGUAACUGGUACUGAUGAACAAGCACAAAUAGUUUUGAACUGUGGGGCUCUUUCUUAUUUCCCAGCAUUGUUAACUCAUUCUAAUGCAAAACUCUGUAAAGAUGCUGUAUGGUUUCUCUCCAAUGUCACUGCUGGGAACCAGCAGCAAGAACAGGCAGUAAUCAAUGCUAACCUCGUUCCUCUGGUUGUAAAACUAAUGGAUAAUGGCGACUAUGCAACUCAGAAAGAAACUGCUUGGGUCAUAGCCAAUCUAGCUAAUGGUGGCAGAAAAGAACAGGUUGAUUAUCUCGUUGAACAAAAUGUAAUCAUUCCAUUUUGCAAGCUGCUUACGCUGAUGGACCCACAGAUAAUUAUAGUAGUACUGGAUGGGUUAAGUAAUAUCAUAAAUACAGCAAAUGAUAAGACAGAACUGAUAGCCAAUCAGAUUGAAGAGUGUGGAGGUUUGCAAAUAAUUGAACAAUUACAACUCCACGAAAAUGAGGAGAUAUAUAAACUGGCAUAUGAUAUUCUUGAUCAGUUGACAGCGGAGGAUGAGGAUAACACUUUUCUAGUAACAACAAAAAUGGAAGAUUCAAAACUUAGUUUUAAUUCUUCUGCAGGUGAUCCAGAGAAAGGGUUUCAGAUCUAA